UAACUUUCUAGCUUCUGUGAUUACUACUCAAAUUCGCGCGCGAGAGAGAGAGAGAGAGGUGUUGCAGAAUUUGCUAGAAUCAUCCACUUUCUUUUUUUCUCUGCAAAUAUCAAUAUAUAUACAUUUAAAAAAAAAACAGAGAGGCUAAUAAUAGCGCAGGUGCUACGAUGGAUCACGCUGAGAUGGAGAUGGAGAUGGAGAUGGAGAUGGAGAUGGAGAAGGAGACGAAGACGGAGACAGAGAUGGCGGCUCAGCCCGAGGAGUUGGCAGCCAAUGCCAGCAGCAACAACAACAGAAACGUGGGUAUCCCCGUGUGGGACUUGCUAACAUUCGCUCGCCAGCUUAUCAACCAGGGCAAGCCUUCUCAGGCCCUUCAAGCGGUGGUAAUGGCAAUGAGAUCUGGAGGUGGAGAUGAGGCUGUAUUUCGGUCCUUGAAUCGUGCACGUGAGUUAUACCAAAGUAGAUUGCGGGAAAAUGCGGCUGUUGAUCAGCUAGCCUCCUUGUUUGCUGAAUGUGCAAUAGCCGAAGCCCAGCCUUCAAAAGAUGAACUGUCACCUAAUUAUGAGGGUGAAUCAUUGGUUGUGCCCGAUGCUCAUGGAACCUCUAUACUGGCUGAAUCGGGCAGGAUGCAGAUUGUGUUGGAUGCAUUCUCGGAUGGGAGCAGCUUUAUCUGUCUACAUUGUGGAGGUCUUGUUAGCAACAACCGCCGAGAUGAGCACUAUGCAUAUUGGUGCUGCCAAAUUUGAUGAGCAUGCAACCAAGAGUGGAUGUUUGUUCUCCUCAUGUUCGAUUUCAGCUCAUCUGAUGUUUUAUUUAGGUGGUUGGGACCAUGUAUUGUUCUCAAGGGAGUAAAUUGCUGAAUUUAUUACGUUGUAUGGCAACUUUUAAUCAUUAUAUUUAUAAAAAAAAUUAGUUUGGUUUAAAGGAUUA